AUGGCUGAAGUAGCUUUGCAAAAGGACGGAAAGGCCGACUUUCUCGAUAUGCCAGUUGAGCUUGGCCACAACGAGAAGGCCUUGUCCAUCGACAGUCUCGACGAUGUCAUUGAUGACUCUCCCAUUGAGGAAGUCAGAGCAAGUGUGCCUCCUACCGAUGACACCUCUCUCCCCACGGGCACCUUCCGCGCUUGGUUCCUCGGCUUCUUCUUCACCGCUCUACUGGGCUUUGUUAACCAGUUCUUCUGGUUCCGUGAGAACCCCCUGACGAUCCGUGUGAUGGUCGCCCAGUUGCUCGCCUACCCCCUCGGUCUCCUCAUGGCCCGUGUCCUCCCCACAAACACUUUCAACCUCUUUGGCUUCAAGUUCAGCCUCAACCCGGGUCCCUUCAACAUCAAGGAGCAUGUCCUCAUCACCAUCAUGGCCAACUCUGCCGCCACUACCCUUGCCGCCAUCGAUAUCAUUGUCAUCCAGAAGUUGUAUUAUAAUGACUCUUGGGGAUUUGGUGGUGGUCUUCUUCUGGUUAUUUCUACCCAGUUUGUCGGAUAUGGAUUCGCUGGUGCUCUUCGUCGGUUUUUGGUCCGCCCCGCUGCGAUGAUUUGGCCCGUUAACCUGGUCAACGCCACACUCUUCCAUACCCUCCACCGUCGCAACCCCGGAAACGGUGUCCUCCGCACCCAUGAGGAUGAGGCCCAGACUUGGAAGAUCUCCCGUAACAUGUUCUUCUUUAUCGUCGCCUCAGCCUCGUUUGUCUACUACUGGUUCCCUGGAUACAUCUUCCCCCUUUUGACAUCCAUCUCUUGGCUCUGCUGGAUCAACCGCGACUCGCUCCUCUUGAACCAGCUCGGGUCUGGAUUAAAGGGUAUCGGCUAUGGCUCCUUCACUCUUGACUGGUCUUCCAUGUCCGCUUGGUUGCCUUCCCCUCUUGCCAUCCCCUGGUGGGCUCAGGCCAACAUGUUGGCUGGUUUCGUCUUCUUUGUCUGGAUUUUGAUUCCCAUCAUGUACUACACUGACCGCUACGAGGGCAAGAAGUUCCCUAUCUACAACACCAGGACGUAUGAUGUCGAGGGCAAGCCUUAUGACUUGAAGCGCGUCCUUGUCAACAACGCCCUCAACGAAGAGAUGUACGCCUCUUAUUCCCCCGUCCGCAUCACUGCAUUCUUUGCCACUAUGUAUGGUCAAGGUCUCUGCGCCCUCGGAGCCAUUGUUUCCCACGCGAUUCUCUACCACGGAAAAGAUAUCUUGUCCCGUGUCCGCAGCGCCAAGCAGGAGAACGAGGAUAUCCACGCUCGUCUCAUGGAUGCCUAUCCCGAGUGCCCCGACUGGUGGUACUACCUCGUCUUUGUUGUCGCCUGCGGUCUUUCCAUCCUCACCGUCGAGUUGUACCCCUCCUCUGACAUGACUUGGUGGCACGUCCUGGUCGCCAUGGGCCUCGCUGCCAUCUGGACCUUGCCCAUCGGUAUCCUCACCGCCAUCACCUCCCAGGCUCCCUCCAUCUCCAUGAUCUCCGAGUGGGUCUUUGGAGUCAUCUCCCCCGGUCGCCCUAUCGGCAACAUGAUCUUCAAGACCUACGGCUUCAUCACCGUCCAACAAGCCAUCGCCUUCACCCAAGACCUCAAGCUCGGCCACUACAUGAAGGUUCCCCCACGCGACAUGUUUGUCUUCCAAAUGGUCGGCACUAUGGUCGCAGCCCUGGUCGCCAUGGGCACCACAACCUACAUGAUGCAGAACAUUGAUGGCAUCUGCACCGAAGCUGCCUACCCCUUCACCUGCCCCUCGGCCUCCCUCUUCGGCGCCUCAUCCGUCGUCUGGGGCGUCAUCGGACCCCUCAAGUUCCUCUCCUCAUCCUCGAUCUACUACCCCAUCGUCUGGUUCUUCUUCAUCGGAUUCUUCAUCCCCGUGCCCUUCUAUCUCUGGACUCUCAAGUACCCCAACUCCUGGGUCCGCAACGUCAACAUGGCCGCCUUCAUGCUCGGUGGUGGUCCUUACCCCCCUGCCGGUACCUCGAUCAUGCCCACCUGGGCCUUGACGGGCUUCAUCUUUAACUUUGUGAUCAAGCGGAGAUAUUUCGGAUGGUGGUCAAAGUACAACUAUGUCAUGUCUGCAGCCCUCGACGCCGGUGUGGCCAUUGCUGCAUUGGUGAUUUUCUUUGCCUUGCAGAACAAUGGAAUCAAGAUGCCCACUUGGUGGGGUAACAACCCGAAUUCGAUCGACCAGUGCCCGCGCGUUACUCAGAACUGGGCUGGACAUGAUACCUAUGCCGAGAACAGCAACUAG